AUGUCUUCCUCUUCAUCUCCACAGUACGCGCUGGAGCGAUCAGUUGCCAUUUCGGCAGUGGAGCGCGCAUGCUCGCUCACGGACAAGGUCUUCCGCAACCUCGUCACUGCUGACACGGUCACCAAGAAGGACAAGUCACCUGUCACCGUCGGCGACUACUCGGCGCAGGCAGUGGUGAAUGCCAUCCUUGGGUCCCACUUUGACGAGGACCCUAUCGUCGGAGAGGAGGACUCCAAGGACUUGCAGAAGCCCGAAGCGGAGUCGCUGCGCAAGCAGAUUUUUGCUCUAGCCAACGAAGCGCUCAAGAACCCAGCACAAGAGUGCCCCGCUGUAGCUGAGGCCGAGUCGAAAGCUAACACGCAAGCAUGGGGCGAACGCGAGCUCACUGAACGAGAGCUUCUCGCCGCCAUCGACAGGGGUACCGCUGAGGGGGGCGCCAAGGGUCGUUGCUGGGCGCUCGACCCCAUCGACGGUACCAAGGGCUUCCUGCGUGGAGGCCAGUACGCCGUGUGCCUCGCCUUCAUGGUCGACGGAGUGGUUCAGGUGGGUGUCAUGGGAUGCCCCAACUUGCCGCACGACGCCUCGUCGGCAAAGCCCAAGGAGGGUGAGUUUGGCGCUGGUGAGAAGCGCAGCGAUCUCGGCACACUGUUCAUCGCUGUGCGCGGACAGGGCGCCUUCCAACGUCCCAUCCAGGGCGGCGAAGAGAAGAGGAUCUCGAUGCGACAGAUCAGCUCGCUGUCCGAGGCUUCGUUCUGCGAGUCGGUCGAAGCGGGCCACUCUUCACACGGCACCAACGCCAGGAUUGCAGAAUUGCUUGGCAUUUCGGCUGCCUCGGUGAGAAUGGAUAGCCAGGCCAAGUACGCCAGCAUCUCAAGAGGGGACGGCGACGUUUAUCUGCGUCUGCCCGUUGGCGACGGCAGCUACCAGGAAAAGAUCUGGGACCACGCUUCUGGAUCUCUGCUGGUUGAAGAGGCUGGCGGUAAGGUAUCGGACAUCCGCGGCAAGGACCUCAACUUUGGUGUGGGACGAACUUUGCGCGACAACCGCGGUGUGGUUGCAUCCCAAAAGGAGCACCACGCCAAGGUCAUCGACGCUGUUCGCAAGGCACUCGAAGAGGAGGGUCGAGGACACCUUUGA